GAGAACAAGUUGUUGUCUUCAGUAUUAGUCGAAGCUUUCUUCUUUCAUGCUUCAGGAGCUUUCUUUCUGUUACUGUUGGAACAAUUAAGAUUCAUAGAAGACACCCUUUUUCUUGUUUUGGCUUUUGAAGAGUUUAGAAGUUACUUUUCACUUGUUGCUGUAAUUCAGUUCUGCAUAUAUUUGUGGGUUUGAAUUUGAUUUGAACUGAAAAUGGAGAGGGAUUUCUUGGGUUUGAGUUCAAAGCAGAGCUAUGAGACUGUGAAGGAGGAAGCCAGUGAUGAACCCAAAAGUUCAGUGGUACCAAGAAGCUCAAAUUCAGGUAUGCAGUGGUCAUUUUCAAACAAGGUUUCUGCACCUCCUCAGUUCCUAUCUUUCACAGCUCCUCAAGAAGAAAUGCCAAGAGAAGGCGUUCAUGACACUUCUUCAUUCAUGACUAUAUCAACUGCUGAUGCUUUUGAUUCUAGCCAGAAAUCGUUCUCCAGUGCAAUCCAGAGAAAUUUCAUUCAUGAGAAGCAAGCUGGAAACCACUAUGGAAUGAAAGUCUAUUCUAUGCAACAUCGAGGAGCCAAUCAAAUAAUUCCUAUUUCUUUGAGCACCCCUGCUCUCCAACACAAUUUUUUUGGGCCAAAAAGCAUGGCUGGUUCAUCAGUCAAACCACAGCCGCUUGCAGGAGUUCCAAUUCUAACCCCUCUAUCUGCUGUUCCGUCUAAAAGUUCCGUAGUUGGUACCACUGAUCUCAGGAAUGCAUCCAAUUCUUCAGGAGUGCCUGCUCAGUUAACAAUUUUCUAUGCUGGUGCUGUGAAUGUAUACCAUGAUAUAUCUCCUGAGAAGGCCCAGGCUAUUAUGUUGCUGGCUGGACAUGGAUCGUCUCCAGCUUAUAAUAAGCAACCCUCCACAGCUCAAUUGCAAACACCAUUCCCUAGUCCUUCCACAGGUGAUGGUUUCUUUGGGAACCAGUCAAUCGCUGGCCUUGCAAGCCAUUCUGUGACGUCACAUGCUACUGCUCGCCCUGGAGGAGAAUUUAGUAGCAGCAACUCAUUAGCGGUAUCAAAACCAGUAGCAACUUCAGUAUCUUCAAUCAAUCAGUCAGAGCCUUCAAAUGUAGUAGCACAAUCUGUUAUGACAAACCUCAUUCCAGCAGUACCUGUGCCUCAAGCUCGUAAAGCAUCCUUGGCUCGAUUUUUUGAAAAGCGCAAGGAGAGGAUGACGAGCACAUUGCCAUACAAUCUCAGCAAAAAAUCUCCAGACUGCAGCACACCAGGUUCCAAGGGCUUGAGUUUGUCUCUCAACUUGUCUGGUUCCUGUCCUCCCCAAGCUACGAAUUAGGCCAAAGAGAAGAAAAAUCCAAGUCUCCUCAAUUAUUCACCAUUCCAGCUACUUCACAGUUGACAGAUGUGUUGGAUAAUUUUUUUUUUUUUUUUCGUUUCUUAGUUUGUAAGAUUCAAUUUUUUGACCCGAAGGUUUAGAUAAAUAUGAUAGAUAGAUAGAUAUAUAUGGUCCAAG